AUGGAGGAGCUGAGCAGCGUUGGCGAGCAGGUCUUCGCCGCCGAGUGCAUCCUGAGCAAACGGCUGCGCAAGGGGAAGCUCGAGUACCUGGUGAAGUGGCGCGGCUGGUCCUCCAAACACAACAGCUGGGAGCCAGAGGAGAAUAUCUUGGACCCGAGGCUGCUCCUGGCCUUCCAGAAGAAGGAACAUGAAAAGGAGGUACAAAACCGCAAGAGGGGUAAGCGGCCUCGGGGCCGCCCCAGGAAGCACACCGUGAUGUCAUCAUGCAGCCGGCGCGCCAAGCUCAAGGAACCCGAUGCUCCCUCUAAAUCCAAAUCCAGUUCCUCUUCCUCUUCCACAUCGUCCUCAUCUUCCUCUGAUGAAGACGAUGACAGCGACCUAGAUGCUAAGAGAGGCCCCCGGGGCCGGGAGACCCACCCAGUGCCCCAGAAGAAGGCUCAGAUUUUGGUGGCCAAGCCUGAGCUGAAGGAUCCCAUCCGAAAGAAGCGAGGCCGCAAGCCACUGCCUCCAGAGCAGAAGGCCGCCCGGCGGCCCGUGAGCUUGGCCAAGGUGCUGAAGGCCACCCGUAAGGACCUGGGCAUGCCAGCCAGCAAGCUGCCCCCUCCGCUCAGCGCCCCAGUGGCGGGCCUGGCAGCCCUGAAGGCCCACGCCAAGGAGGCCUGCGGUGGCCCCAGCAGCACGACCACCACCGAGAGUUUGGCCAACCUGAUGAAGGGCGUGGCGGCCAGCCCCAGCCGCGGCGGCAUCAGUUGGCAGAGCUCCAUCGUCCACUACAUGAGCCGCAUGACCCAGAACCAGGCUGAGGCUACCAGCCGGCUGGCACUUAAAGGUCAGGCGGCCAGCAGGUGCAGCCUUGGCCUGGACCUGAAGGUGAGGACGCCAAAGGGGGACCUGGGGGUCAACCCUCCACCAAGCAAAGUGCAGAAGGCCCCUGGCAGCGGAGUCACAGAGCAGAAAGUGGGGAGCGCAGGGGGAACCCCACAUGUCCAGGGUGGCAAUAAGGUCCCUGUGGGCUGCCUGGGCCCUCAGCCCACACCCAGCCAGGAGCUGAGCCUCCAGGUCUUGGACCUUCAGAGUGUCAAGAAUGGCACCUCGGGGGUUGGCAUGCUCCCACGCCAAGCCACAGCCACCAAGGGCAUCCCCACCACCCACCCAGCAGCAGGUAAGGGUGCUGGGGGUGGUCCCACAUCAGGAAGCGGGCCUAGUGGGCCUACUGAGCCCAGCAAAAGUGACAAGUUGACCUCCCGGGCGGUGACCCUGCCCACCCCUACAGGCAAGCGGGACAGUGGGAAGAGGUUAGAGGGUCGCACGGCGUCCGGGGAGGCCCGGAAGGCUCCCACGCUCUUAGAAAUGAGCACAGGUGAGGAAAACAGCAGCUCUGACUCAGACCCCGACUCGGCACCUCUCCCAGGUGCUGGCCAGAGCUUAUCUGUGUCAGUACAGACCAGUCAGGACUGGAAGCCCCCCCGAAGCCUCAUCGAGCACGUCUUUGUCACUGACGUCACUGCUAACCUCAUCACAGUCACUGUGAAGGAGUCCCCAACUAGCGUGGGCUUCUUCAACCUGAGACCUUACUGA